UGGCACUGACGGAUGCCCGAUAUCUAUACGGUAUACCCCAUACAGCUUACACCUCCACCCAACUGCAUUUCACAGCAAUGGAACCAAACUCCACAUCAUUCAUUAUUCCCGCAGACUUGUUGGUUCUCUUACUUCGAAAAAUUUAUAAGCAGAUUAAAAACUAUUUAUUUCCGACUUGUUCUGCUACAUUGUUAUAUGUCUAAAUAAUCUCAUCAUACUAACCGGAAGCUCUGACGUCUUAGACUAAUCACCACGACCUAGCUCAAGACGAUGGCUCCCACACUAUUAUGGAUUGGACUUGGAAACAUGGGGAAGGGAAUGAGCAAGAACAUCGUCGAAAAGGGCAACGUGGACGGUCCCCUUCUCUUGUACAACCGUUCACCUCAAAAGGCCACUGACUUCAGGGCCAAGUUUCCAGCCGGCAGGAUGGAAGUUGUUGAGUCACUCGCCGACGGCGUCUCGAGAGCCGAUGUCAUCUUCUCCUGCAUUGCCAACGACGAAGCCGUUCAAGAAACCUUCAAGGCGAUGCUUCAGGAAAACGUCAGCGGCAAGCUGUUCAUCGAAAGCUCAACCAUCCACCCAGACACCACCGAGGCCAUUGCAAAGGAUGUUGUAGCCAAAGGAGCUGAAUUUGUCGCUGCUCCCGUAUUCGGUGCUCCUCAAAUGGCUGAGGCUGGUCAGCUCGUUAGUGUUCUUGCUGGACCUGCUGCCAGUGUUGCGAGGGCAAAGCCGUGGUUCAAGGGCGUAACUUCCAGCAAGGACAUUGAUCUUUCGGAUAAGCCUUACAGCAAAGCCUUAACUAUGAAGGUUCUUGGAAACACAUUCAUCCUGAACAUGGCCGAGCAGCUCGCUGAGGCGCACGUUGUGGCCGAAAAGACAGGUCUGGGCACUGAAGCCAUUCAUCAGAUCGUCGACUCAAUCUUCGGUGGGCCUUACACUGCAUUUAGCCAGCGUAUGCUCACGGGCGACUACUAUAACCGUGAUGAGCCUCUUUUUGCAGUUGAGCUCGCCCGAAAGGAUGCUCGACAUGCUAUGAGCUUGGCUGAAUCUGUUGGUGUGAGACUUCGAAAUGUUGAGGCUGCUGAUGCGCAUUUGGCAAUGGCUUAUGAACAUAUGGGCUCAUCGGCAGACAUGGCUGGAAUCUACGGGGCUAUUCGAAAGGAAUCUGGUCUUAAGUAUGAAAACCAUGCCUAGAGGCUUGCAUCUAGGCAUAUUUGAAUAUUUGGUAAUACCAAUAACCUAUCUAUAAAGUAUUGUAUAUACAAACACUCUCAACUAUUUGCGUACGUAGGUACUCUUGGCAACAGCAUAUAUACAUACAUAGGUACCUAGGCUUAAUACUAUUUGCUUAAGAAGGCAUGUUCAUUACCUGAG